AUGGAGAGGAUCAGAGCUCCAGCUGUGGCCUCCCGCAAGAAGAGCCAAAGAGAAAUGCAGUCCCCAAAGCCUCCCUGCAGCUAUGAGAUCAAAUUCAAUAAAUUUGUCAUUUUUAUCGUGCAGAGGAAGAUGGGGAAGACCAGAAGGGCAUUUCUGAUGGAGCUGGCAAGAAGGAAGGGUUUCAGAGUUGAAAGUGAGUUAAGUGACUCUGUCACCCAUGUUGUAGCAGAGAACAAUUCCUACUCGGAGGUAUUGGACUGGCUGAGGGGGCAGGCAGUGCAGGAGAGCUCCCGGUUUGAGCUCCUGGAUAUUUCCUGGUUCACAGCCUGCAUGGAAGCUGGGAGGCCAGUUGAGGCAGAAAUGAAAUAUCGACUCCUGGAACAAGAUGAGUGUCCAGCUGUGAAUACAUGUGAACCAGAAGUGCCAUCAUUUACUGCAAGCAGAGUGUCUCAAUAUUCAUGUCAAAGGAAGACAACUUUAAAUAACUUUAACAAGAAAUUCACGGAUGCUUUUGAAAUAAUGGCUGAAAAUUAUGAAUUCAAAGAAAAUGAAAUAUUUUCCUUGGAAUUUCUGCGAGCGGCUUCUGUGCUGAAAUUUCUUCCAUUUCCAGUGGUCAGAAUGAAAGACAUACAGGGCUUGCCCUGCAUGGGAGACCAAGUCAGAGACAUCAUUGAGGAGAUCAUUGAAGAAGGAGAGAGUUCUAGAGUUAAAGAUGUGUUAAACGAUGAACGAUACAAAUCAUUCAAGCAAUUUACUUCUGUUUUUGGAGUGGGAGUGAAGACAUCUGAGAAAUGGUACAGGAUGGGAUUACGGACUUUGGAAGAGGUAACAGCUGAGAAGACCCUGAAACUAUCAAAAAUGCAGAAAGUAGGACUUCUGUACUAUGAAGACCUUGUUAGCUGUGUAUCUGAGGCAGAAGCAGAUGCAGUAGGCCUGGUUGUCAAGAAAGCUGUGCAUACAUUUCUACCUGAUGCUUUAGUUACUCUAACUGGUGGUUUCAGAAGGGGUAAGAAGAUUGGACACGAUAUAGAUUUUUUGAUCACCAAUCCAGGACCAAGAGAAGAUGAUGAUCUUCUGCAUAAAGUUGUUGACUUAUGGAAAAAGCAGGGCUUACUCCUUUAUUGUGAUAUCAUUGAAUCAACAUUUGUAAAAGAGCAGCGACCAAGCAGAAACAUUGAUGCCAUGGAUAAUUUUCAGAAGUGUUUUGCAAUUUUAAAGUUGUAUCAGCCACGAGUAGACAGCGAGAGUCAGAGCACAUCAGAGGAAUUUGAUAUGGCAGAAGUCAAAGACUGGAAGGCAAUCCGUGUGGAUCUGGUCAUAAGCCCCUUUGAGCAAUACGCAUAUGCUCUGUUAGGCUGGACAGGCUCCAAGCAGUUUGGGCGUGAUUUGCGGAGGUACGCCAAUCAUGAGAAGAAGAUGAUGCUGGAUAAUCAUGCCUUAUAUGAUAGGAGAAAGAGGAUCUUUCUCAAAGCUGGAAGUGAGGAAGAAAUCUUUGCCCAUCUUGGCCUGGAUUAUGUCGAACCAUGGGAAAGAAACGCAUAAAGUCAUUUGCCACUGUACAUUCAUCAUUAGACACCAAUGAUCUUUGUGCCUAAUUCCCAGUCCACAUUAGAGAUAUAGGCUACAUGUGUAUCUAUGGCAGCUAUAUAUUUUUAAAAAUACAUUAGUUACUAGUUGCUAUACAUGCUGAUGCUCCUAGAAAAGAAAAAUUUAAAUUCUUAAAAAUUCCUUUCAAUUUUUUAACUCUGAGUCACUGAAGUUUCAUAAAGUGGAGUAGAACUUGGAGAAUUUUUUUUCAGUGAUAACUUGAGACUAUGAGAUUUUUUUUGCUUGGAGUAUGAACUUACAAUUACUGUAAAUAUAAUGCUUCCUUGUUAAAAUACUGUCAGUUAUGGCAAUAUUUAAAUAAUGCAAGAUACU